AUGCUGCUGAAGGUGUUCGUCACGUGCUGGUACGCCUUCUGCUUCGUGCUCAUCUCGGCGUACACCACCAACCUGGUGGCCAUCCUCACCAAGCCCGCCCAUCCGCCGCUGCCGCGCACCCUGCACCAGCUGGCCGCCAGCCACUACAGGCUGGGAAUAGAGGACUACGGGUCAGAGCUGCCGGGACGCCUGAGGAGUUCUGAGGACGAGCUGUACUACACGCUGGGGGAGAAGGUGGACCUGUUUCCUUCCCUGGUGGAGGUCCUCAGGGCCAUGGUGGAGGGCACGCACGUCUAUGUGGACACCACGGCGUUCUCCGCCACGCUGCCCAAGUACAAAUACAAGGUGCAUAACUACACGCGGAUCCAGGAGGAGCUGUUCCCGUCCCCCGUGGUGUGGAUCUUCCCGAAGCACGUCCCCUGGAAGCACAAGUUUGACGUGACGAUCAACCGCAUGGUGGAGGCAGGACUCAUCCGCCACUGGUACACGGAGGAGAGCAUGAAGUUUAAGAGGUGGGUGCACAAUAACCGCACCAGGGAACUGCAGCAGAAGGACGCGAGGAACCCGAAGGAGGAGCAGGAGGAGGAGGAAGCAAAGGAUGAAGAGAAAAGGGCGCCUCUUUCCUUUCAACACCUGCGUACUCUCUUCACCCUCAUCGCCGUGUCCUGGGUGAUGGGAGCCGCUGUACUGGGGCUUGAGAUAACACUGCACCACUGCUACCGUGAACCACAGCCAGUACCUCCGCUAAUCUAACCUAACCUAACCUAACCCAACUUAAUCUAACCUAACCUAAUCUAACCUAACCUAAUCUAAUCUAAUCUAACCUAACCUAACCUAACCUAACUUAAUCUAACCUAACCUAACCCAACCUAACCUAACCUAACUUAACCUAACCUAACCUAACCUAAUCUAACCUAACCUAACCAAACCUAACCCAACUUAAUCUAACCAUUACUUUUAACCUAACCUAACCUAACUCAACCUAAUCUAACCUAACCUAACCCAACUUAAUCUAACCUAACCUAACCUAACCUAACCUAACCUAACCUAACCUAACUUAAUCUAACCUAACCUAACCCAACCUUACCUAACCUAACCUAACUUAACCUAACCUAACCUAACCCAGCCUAAUGUAACCUAACCUCCAGCCGUUACCUCCGCUAACCUGCCGCUUGUGACAAGGUGAGGGAAGGCGAGGAAGAGAACCUAACCUAACCUAACCUAAUCUAACCUAACCUAACCUAACCUAAUCUAAACCCCC